AUGCUUUUCAAAUCUGUCCUCGCUUCUGCUUUAAUCUCAGGCUGUGUGGUCUCUGCCGAAGAUUCGUCCUCGACCUGGACCACCUUGACGCCUACCAAAACGUUCGUCAGUGGUGCCACUGGAUACUCGGAGGCGUUUGGUAUUGCCGUCCAGCCUGUGACAUCCGGAUCUGUCUCUGCCUCUGCUACUGCUUCUGCUUCUGCUUCUGCUUCUUCUUCCGCUGGAAAGGCUAAGAGAGAUGCCGUGUCCCAAAUCGGUGACGGCCAAAUCCAAGCAUCUACCACCACUUCCAAGUCCAGCAGCUCCACUUCCAAGGCCACCACCUCGACCACUGGCGCCGUGUCUCAAAUCACUGAUGGUCAAAUCCAGGCCACUUCCAAGAGCAGCUCCACGGUUUCCACCUCUUCUGCCGGCGCAGCUUCCCAAGUUUCCGACGGUCAGAUCCAGCAGUCCACUGCUUCUAAGAAAACUACUACUCUGUCGUCGAACUCUGUAGCCUCAACUGCCUCUGGUUCUGCUGAAGCUGACAUCAAGGUCGUGUCCUGUAAAAACGAUGGUACCUUGGAGAUGACGCUGGAAGGUGGUAUUCUAAAGGACGCAAAGGGCAGAAUCGGCUCCAUUGUGGCCAACAGACAAUUCCAGUUUGACGGUCCUCCUCCACAAGCCGGUGCCAUCUACGCUGCUGGCUGGGCCAUCACCCCAGAUGGAAACUUGGCCAUUGGCGACAAUGACAUUUUCUACCAGUGUUUGUCGGGCACUUUCUACAACUUGUACGACGAGUCUAUCGGCUCCCAGUGCUCUCCUGUCCACUUGGAAAUUGUCAAGCUCAUCGACUGUUAA